AUGGUCACUUCCACCCUAUCGACCUCCUUUUCAGAAACAUCCACUGCCACUGCAAUCAUCGUCCCAUCGAAGCCUAAUGCUCUGACCAUUUCCUAUAAGCGGUUGACACAAGACAUAUUGGAUUUUCAAACCAAGCUUGCCCAUCUAGGGAUUCGACAUGCCGAUGCAGUUUCAAUAGCGUUACCCAACAGUUAUGAGUUCAUUGUUUCAUUUCUUGCGACAUCCUUUCAGAGAGCCAUCGCUGCCCCUCUCAAUCCCUCCUACAAGCAAAAUGAGUUCGAAUUUUAUAUUGAGGACCUUUCCUCUGCUGUGAGUAUUCUUCCCAAAGGAUCCUGGUCGAAGGAAGGCGCUGCGGUAAGAGCGGCAAGAAAAUACAAUGCGGCCAUUGCAGAAUGCUAUAUGGAUGGAGAGAAACUGGUCUUGGACGUCAAGGAGCAAGGGCAGCUGGCGCAGAGACAGUCUCAAUUGGUGGCCCAGGCCGACCCCGAAGAUGUCGCUUUAGUACUACACACCAGCGGCACCACGGGAAGACCCAAGGCUGUUCCAUUGACCCAUCGCAACCUCACCAGAACUAUGCUCAACAUUCAGAACACAUACGAGCUAACACCCGGAGACCGUACGAUGCUGGUUAUGCCGCUGUUCCAUGUUCAUGGGCUUCUGGCGGGAUUCCUGGCACCCUUGGGAUCUGGUGGCUCCGUCAUUGUUCCCCCUUCAUUUUCUGCAAGGUCAUUCUGGGAUGACUUUAUUACUCACGAAGCGAAUUGGUACACGGCCGUACCUACGAUUCAUCAAAUUCUGCUCAAGAACUCUCCCAAUCCCAAGCCCAAAAUUCGGUUUAUCCGGUCAUGUUCGUCACCACUGUCACCCAAGACCUUCCGAGAGCUUGAAGAAAUGUAUGGAGCACCGGUGCUGGAGGCUUAUGCUAUGACAGAAGCAGCCCAUCAGAUAACUUCAAAUCCACUGCCUCACAGAGGAAAGCGACAGCCGGGAAGUGUGGGAGUUGGACAAGGUGUGGAGGUCAAGAUUCUGGAUGAUCAGGGCAAUGAAGUUCCCAACGGCACCGAGGCCGAGAUUUGCAUUCGGGGUGAGAAUGUGACCAAAGGCUACAUCAAUAACGAAAAGGCCAACCGAGAAGCAUUCACAAAAGGGGGAUUCUUCCGAACGGGAGAUCAAGGCAAGAAAGACAAAGACGGCUAUGUCAUCAUUACCGGGAGAAUCAAAGAACUCAUCAACAGAGGAGGCGAAAAGAUCAGCCCAAUCGAGCUGGAUCAUAUGAUUGCUGCGAACCCAGAUAUAUUAGAGGCGGUUACUUUCGCAAUCCCUUCAGAACUAUAUGGUCAAGAAGUUGGGGUGGCGGUUGUUCCCAAGCCCGGGAAGAGCCUUACAGAGCAAGCGAUCACUGACUAUGUGGAGAGCAAAACAGCGAAGUUCAAGAAACCGAGCAGAGUUUGGAUUUUGAAAGAGAUACCCAAGACAGCAACAGGAAAGAUACAGCGAAGAAAGGUUGCGGAGUCUCUGUUGGCCAAGGAUAAACCAAGGGCGAAACUAUAG